UAAAUUCUUCUAUAAAAGUCCUGAUUGAGCACAUGACACUAGUCAAUCGACAUCAGCAAGUCGAAGAGAAAAAUUCUUUUAAUAAUAAUUCAUAUACAAAUAUGAAGGUCUUUGUGAUGUUAGUGGUUGGCUCAUUAGCAGUCGUGUGGUGUAAAGCAGCUCCUCACAAAGCUCAUUCCUUUCAACAUUUUCAUGGUCCUGUUGAGGGUGAUGGUGUUGAAGAAACAUGGAAAGACAAGCACGGUCACGAGGACGUUGACUACAAAGCGCAUCCAAAAUAUGAAUUUUCAUAUGGUGUUAAGGAUCAUCAUACCAAAGAUUUUCAUGGUCAAAAAGAGCACCGUGAUGGCAAGGACGUAGCUGGGGAGUAUACGCUUCAUGAACCAGGGGGCAAUGUCAGAACAGUCAAGUACCAUGCGGACCAUCAUGGUGGUUUCCACGCUGUUGUACACAAUUCCGGAGGAAACGACCACUCCGGAGGUACCUACGGUGGCCUCGGUCACAGUUAAUAAAUCACAAGUACUUGGCAACUGGUGCAUGUGAUAAUCAUUAUUAAUCGUUAAAUUUAACGUUGACGUUAAUAUUUUCACGUCAUUACUGUUGCAUUAUAUUCGUCAAAAAAUUCUUAA